UAUUCCAGCUUUACAAUAAAUGCUGUAAAAGAAAAUAUAUGAUAUUUUUCACGUAAUUUGUACUAUAAAAUUUUCUCCGUGCAUAAAAUCACAUCUACUUUGUGACUUAAUUAAUUCAUGUUUACUUCCAGGAUGCUGGGUAGCGUGGGAGGUCGACACGUGUCUACGCGUCGGCGUGGCAGUAAUCCGCUGAUGCGUGGAGGUAUGGGCCUCAUUGGUUAUGGCACCACAUCCGGGAUCGGCGGAAAUGCAGCCGACGGCAAUGCAAUGUAUUCGGAACCGGUGCCCAGGUAUGCCGCCAGGAGACGAAGAGCCGUCACCACCAGCGAUCAUAAGAGCUGCGCUCUUAUACAGACGCGGCUCAAGCUCGGCGAUAUUAUGUUGGCAGCAGCGCAAGAGGCGGCACAAAGGGACCCUGGAUACGCGAGUCAGUACUACGGGAGAAGGUCGAGGUUGGCCGGACUGAGGAGUGGUCUCGGUGACUGGACUAGCUUCGGAGGGGAGGUACCUGGUCUGGUAGACAUGGCACCAGGCCGGGAUCAGGGCGGAGGGGCGGGUGGCGGUGGGGGAGGCGGCAAGGGCACCACGUCGUUGUUUAUCCUGUCGGAGGAUAACUGUAUACGGAAGCAUACGCGCUUCAUCAUCGAGUGGCCGCCCUUCGAAUACGCCGUCCUGCUCACCAUCAUCGCCAAUUGCGUAGUCCUUGCCCUCGAGGAGCAUCUGCCGAGUUCUGACAAGACCAUACUCGCACAAAAACUCGAGUCCACGGAGAUCUAUUUCCUCGGGAUUUUCUGUGUCGAGGCGACCCUCAAGAUCCUCGCUCUCGGCUUCGUCCUCCACCGCGGCUCCUACCUGCGCAACAUCUGGAACAUCAUGGACUUCUUCGUCGUGGUGACCGGGAUCGUCACGGCAUUCUCGCAAGGCAUAAGCCUGGAUAUGGACCUGCGCACGUUGCGUGCGAUACGCGUGUUGCGACCGCUCAAACUUGUCUCCGGCACACCGAGUCUUCAGGUGGUGCUCAAGUCUAUCAUCAAGGCGAUGGCGCCGCUACUGCAGAUCGGCUUGCUGGUACUCUUCGCCAUCGUGAUAUUCGCCAUCAUCGGCCUCGAGUUUUAUUCGGGAACUUUGCAUAAAACGUGCUUCAGUCUAAUGGACAUGUGUGAGUCAAUCGUAAAGGAGGGCGAGCAGGCGAGCCCAUGCAACACGGACAUCAAGGCUGAUGCUCCAGCCGGGGCUAACGUGUGUAACCCUAAUAUCUCGGCGUGCAGGGAAGGAUGGGAGGGACCAAAUGCAGGCAUCACCAGCUUUGAUAAUAUCGGAUUCGCCAUGCUCACUGUCUUCCAGUGUAUCACUAUGGAGGGCUGGACUGCCAUAUUGUACUGGGUAAAGCAAGAAAUGUGUUCUUCAGUACAAACGACGCUCUACUUUAUACCGUUGAUCGUCCUUGGAUCAUUCUUCAUGCUGAACUUAGUUCUUGGUGUCUUGAGCGGAGAGUUUGCGAAGGAGAGAGAGAAAGUGGAGAACCGACAGUCCUUUCUGAAGUUGCGAAGACAGCAGCAGCUUGAGCGCGAACUGAAUUGUUACCUCAAUUGGAUCUGCAAAGCAGAGGAGGUGAUACUUGCCGAGGAGAGAACCACGGAAGAGGAGAAAAUGCACAUAUUAGAAGUAAGAAGAAGAGCGGCGGCGAAGAAAAAGAAACUGAAAAAUCUUGGCAAGAGCAAGAGCACCGACACGGAGGAGGAGGAAGGCGAUGACGAUCAGGACGAUGGGUUCUCAAGAACCUCCUAUUUCAAGUCGAAGGUGAAAAAACAGGGCACGUGUUUGCAAUUCUGGCGAGCCGAAAAGAGAUUCAGGUUCUGGGUACGCAAUUCCGUCAAGUCGCAACAGUUCUAUUGGUUCGUCAUCGUCCUUGUGUUUUUCAACACCAUCUGCGUGGCCGUUGAACAUCACGGGCAGUCGAAAUGGCUCACCGAUUUUCUCUACUGCGCAGAAUUUGUGUUCCUGGCCCUCUUCAUGAUAGAGAUGUUUAUAAAGGUCUACGCGCUCGGUCCCCGCACAUACUUUGAAUCGAGCUUCAAUCGCUUCGACUGCAUAGUCAUCUCAGGCUCGAUCUUCGAGGUGAUCUGGUCCAGAUUGAAGGGCGGCUCUUUCGGCCUCUCCGUCCUACGUGCCCUUAGACUCCUGAGAAUUUUUAAAGUCACCAAAUACUGGAAGAGCCUAAGGAACCUCGUGAUAUCGCUGCUAAGCUCGAUGCGCAGCAUUAUCUCUCUCCUCUUCCUACUCUUCCUUUUCAUUCUCAUAUUCGCGUUGCUCGGUAUGCAGCUAUUCGGCGGUCAGUUCAAUUUCCCCAAAGGCACGCCGCCCACCAACUUCAACACCUUUCCCAUCGCACUACUCACUGUCUUCCAAAUUUUGACUGGAGAAGACUGGAACGAAGUGAUGUACCAGGGUAUCGAGUCGCAGGGCAUGGCCUACUCGCUCUACUUCAUCGUGCUGGUACUCUUCGGCAACUACACCCUGCUGANNUUCGGCAACUACACCCUGCUAAACGUCUUCUUGGCUAUCGCCGUCGACAAUCUCGCAAACGCGCAGGAGCUGAGCGCCGCCGAAGAGGAACAGAAAGAGGAAGAUAAGGAGAAGCAGUUGCAGGAGCUCGAGAAGGAGAUCGAGUCGCUGCAGAAGCCCGGGGACGGUGGUGCACCGAAGGUGGAAAUCUGCCCUCCAAGUCCAACCCAGAAUUUCAGAGAUGGAAGAGGUGACAACCAAGCAUCCGAAGAGAGGAGGCAGGAUGAAGAUGACGACACGGGACCAAAACCAAUGCUGCCAUACUCCUCCAUGUUUAUACUGUCCCCUACGAAUCCCGUAAGAAGAGCCGCCCACUGGAUCGUGAACCUUCGGUACUUCGACUUCUUCAUAAUGGUGGUGAUAUCGCUGUCGAGUAUCGCGCUGGCCGCCGAGGAUCCCGUUUGGGAGCACGCGCCGAGGAACAGGAUCCUCAAUUACUUCGAUUACGCGUUCACCGGCGUCUUCACCAUCGAGAUGAUACUGAAGAUCAUCGACCUCGGCAUCAUACUGCAUCCGGGCUCGUACCUGCGCGAGUUCUGGAACAUUAUGGACGCGGUCGUAGUGAUAUGCGCCAUGGUGUCGUUCGCCUUCGAUAUGAGCGGCAGCUCGGCCGGCCAGGACCUCUCGACUAUAAAAUCGCUGCGAGUGCUGCGAGUGCUCAGGCCACUUAAGACAAUAAAGCGCGUGCCGAAGCUAAAGGCGGUGUUUGACUGCGUGGUGAACAGUCUCAAGAACGUCAUUAACAUUCUCAUAGUGUACAUAUUGUUUCAAUUCAUAUUCGCUGUGAUUGCGGUGCAGCUGUUCAAUGGCAAAUUUUACUACUGCAGCGAUGAGAGCAAGUUAUCGGAAGAAGAUUGCAAAGGUCAAUACUUCAUUUUCGAGGAUGAUAACAUGCUACCGGAGCUCAAGAACCGGACCUGGCAACCCCAGUCCUUUCACUACGACAACGUGAUGGUGGCCAUGCUAACGCUGUUCGCCGUCCAAACCGGCGAAGGCUGGCCGCAAAUCUUGCAGAACUCGAUGGCGGCCACGUACGAGGAUAAGGGCCCCAUCCAAAACUUUCGCAUUGAGAUGUCCAUUUUUUACAUCGUUUACUUCAUCGUCUUUCCGUUCUUCUUCGUCAACAUCUUCGUGGCCUUAAUUAUCAUCACAUUUCAGGAGCAGGGGGAGGCUGAAUUACAGGACGGUGAAAUCGAUAAGAAUCAGAAAUCUUGUAUAGACUUUACAAUACAAGCUCGCCCGCUCGAGAGGUACAUGCCGAAGGAACGGAAUAGCAUAAAGUACAAAAUCUGGAGGAUAGUCGUAUCCACACCAUUUGAAUAUUUUAUCAUGAUACUCAUCGUACUGAAUACAAUACUGCUUAUGAUGAAGUAUCACAACGCGCCGCCAGUUUUAUUGGACUUCUUGACCAUCGUGAACUUGGUCGUCACCCUCCUUUUCCUCAUUGAGUGCAUCCUUAAACUCGUCGCCUUCGGAUGCAAGAACUUCUUCAAGGACGCCUGGAACACCUUCGAUUUCAUCACGGUGAUCGGUAGCAUCGUGGAUGCCCUUGUGAUCGAGUUCGGGGAGCUGCUUACGAGCGUGUCUAGUGAUGGCCAGCUAAACGAAAAGAAGGAGAAUUUCAUCAAUGUCGGCUUCCUGAGGCUCUUUCGCGCCGCCAGGCUGAUCAAACUACUCAGGCAGGGUUACACGAUACGAAUUUUACUCUGGACCUUUGUACAAUCCUUUAAAGCUCUGCCUUACGUUUGUCUCCUCAUAGCAAUGCUGUUCUUUAUCUACGCCAUCAUCGGUAUGCAGGUAUUCGGUAACAUCGCGCUGGAUGCUGGUGAUGCUAUUACCAAGCACAACAAUUUCCAAAGCUUCAUACAAGGUCUGAUGCUGCUUUUUCGGUGCGCUACGGGUGAGGCCUGGCCGAACAUCAUGCUGGAUUGCAUAAAGGGCCGUGCCUGCGAUGCGAAGGCCAACAAGACUGCGGAGGAGUCGGAAGAUUGCGGCUCCAACAUCGCCUACGCUUACUUCGUGUCCUUCAUCUUCUUCUGCUCGUUUCUCAUGCUGAAUCUCUUUGUCGCCGUCAUCAUGGACAACUUCGAUUAUCUCACGCGGGACUCGUCGAUCCUGGGUGCCCACCAUCUCGACGAAUUCGUGCGGAUCUGGGCCGAGUACGAUCCGAACGCCACCGGCAAGAUUCACUAUACGGAAAUGUACGACAUGCUGAAGAAUAUGGACCCGCCGUUGGGAUUUGGCAAUAAAUGCCCGAAUCGCCUCGCGUACAAGAAACUCAUCAGAAUGAAUAUGCCAGUGGACGAUGACGGUAAAGUGAACUUUACCACCACACUGUUCGCUCUGAUACGCGAAAACCUCAGCGUAAAGAUGCGAUGCGCCGACGAAAUGAAUCAAGCUAAUGAAGAACUGCGGGACACGAUCAGAAGUAUUUGGCCUCUGCAAGCGAAAAAAAUGUUGGACCUUUUGAUACCUAGGAACGAAGACUUGGGCAGAGACAAGCUCACCGUGGGUAAGAUAUACGUCUGUCUUCUGAUAAUCGAAAGUUGGAGAUCGAAGUCAAAGCCUACCGAACAGAACGAUAACGAUCUUAUCGAUAACGAUAAUGCUGGGCAAAGUCCUGCAGCCCAGGCGCAGUCGGCCUUCUUCAACUGCCUGCUGGACAUUUCGGCGGUAAAUCACAUCGGAAAUAAUCACGGAGCCGGAAGUAGGGCGAACAGUCUCGAACCGGUGGUGGGACCGGCCACGGAUGUGAAGCCAGACCGACUUAAAGAUCACAGAGAUGAGGAGGAAGGGGCUCUUGGCGUCCUCGCAGCCGCCGCGCACAGACGUCAGCGUAGCAUCAGAAAUAAAAAGGUGAACUGGAAGAUGUCUCGCCAAUACGAUAUACUAGGCAGCAGCGGAGAGAGUAGCCAGGGAGGGGGUGGGUCUGGGGUUGUACUCGUAGUUAAUGGCGAGGAUCGCGCCCCCGAGCUAGAGCCAUUGCUGGCCGAGGUGUCCUCCCAGCGGGAUGAUCAAAACAACUACUACCAUCACCAUCACGACCAAUACUACUACGAUACCGACAAUGAUCAAUACUAUGACCACCACCAAUACUACCACCACCACCAUCACCAUCAUGAUCAUCAUGACCACCGACCACCCUCGUACUACCAACACCAGAACACCUACGUACCUCGCUCCUCGAUCCGUUACCACAAGGAGCUGCAGGACGUCGUACCGUCCGAUUCACGUGCCGGUAGCCUCGAGAGUCUCACACAUCCUGGCGACAGAGUCCCUCGUCAGCAUCAUCCCUCAGCGCCUCCCCCUAGGCGUUCACGAUCACCAAGUAUAAGAAGACACUCGCCAAUAAUGCCUAGAUCGCCAUCGCCAAGGCGACAAGGCCGAUACGACCAUCACGGUCAUUACCACGAAGGACCAGGGUUUAGCGACACCGUUAGCAACGUCGUCGAGAUACAAAGGCACACUCAUCAUCCCCACGCGUCACAAUAUAAUCAUCGGCAUAGGAUACGAGACUAUUACGACAACUGCGAAUAUUACGACGAUGGUCCAUGGAGUGCCUCGACGAGCCCGGCAAGAUCGCCGAGCCCGGUUCACCGGAUCGAGCGCGGCGGUCAUUACGGCACGACCAGCCUGGAGCAACGUUCGAGAAGCCCGAGUCCGGGGGGUCGUUCGCAUCAUCAUCAUCAUCAUCGCCAUCAUCCGCAUCAACACAGCUACCCGGUGCUGGUUGCGAGGAGGGGCCAGGGUCGCCGGCUGCCGCCGACGCCGAACAAGCCGUCGACCCUGCAGCUGAAGCCGGCGAACAUCAACUUUCCCAAGCUGAAUGCCUCGCCGACCCACGGCUUGCAUGGCCCGAUGGCACCUGGCGGACCGGCCCAUGUACCCGUGGUUCCUGUGCCAGGCCACGUGCUGCAGCAUCCGCAUCCGCCGUCGCACAUAGUGCCCUCCAGCAUGCAGGCGAGCCAUCACCCAUUGAGCUUCGAACAGGCUGUCGCCAUGGGCCGUGGUGGUCGUUUACUGCCCAGCCCGGUCCCCAAUGGCUACAAGCCGCAACCGCAAUCUAAACAAAGAACGCCUAGAUCGAGGCACUCGGACAGUGACGAGGACGAUUGGUGCUAGCCAAAGUGGGACCCUGGACGGUGGUCCGGUGACGUGGACGCCCCCAGGCGUCUUAGGGUUUGCGCAUGAUAGUCGUCCACGUGGGACGCGUUGAAUUUCAGUAUGAAGAGUAGCAGCCAAAAAAGAACCGCGAUCGACGAGCCCGAGAUCAAUUUUUUUAAGCCACGACCGGCCGAAGACAGUUCUACGAAGGAGCAAUUCCGGUUCACAGCAUCGCGGCAUAUUGGCGACCGAAAGGGGUCUAAGAAAAUUGAACGGAGAAGAUGGUUCGAAGCGGACCGAUAUUCGGA